AUGCCAACCAAUGGGAUCCACCAGGCCUUGAAGAUCCAGUUUGGCUUAAUCAAUUCUGAUAAUCGCUAUUUAACAGCAGAGCACUUUGGCUAUAAAAUCAAUGCCUCGGCACCGAGUCUGAAAAGGAAGCAAAUAUGGAGCCUGGAACAGGAUGGAGACAGCUCGAUGGUCUUCUUAAAGAGCCAUCUAGGUCGGUACUUGUCUGCCAGCAAGGAUGGCAAAGUCUCCUGUGAAGCUGAGAAGCCAGAAACUGACGGGUGUUUUAUCAUUGUCACUCAGUCAGAUGGACGCUGGGCGCUCCAGUCAGAACCAUACAAGCGCUUCUUUGGUGGUUCUGAAGACAGGCUGUCCUGUUUCGCCCAAACCAUUACUGAAACUGAGCUCUGGGUUGUACACUUGGCCAUCCACCCCCAAGCUAACCUUUUGAGCGUUAGCAGGCGAAGAUAUGCUCACCUCAAUGCCCAAGAGGAUGAGAUCUCUAUUGACAGCAAUAUCCCUUGGGGGGUGGAUUCGCUUAUCACCCUUACCUUCCAGGACAAGAAGUAUUGCCUACGAACCUGCGACAAUCGCUACCUGCGCAACGAUGGUAUCUUGGUCCAGGAGCCGGACCGCCGUUCAGGUUAUACCCUGGAAUUCAAGGCAGGAAAGUUGGCCUUCAAGGAUUGUGAUGGGAAAUACCUAGCACCAGUGGGACCUACGGGCACUCUAAAAUCUGGCAGGAGCUCCAAGCCGGGCAAAGACGAACUCUUUGAUCUGGAAGAGAGUCACCCACAAGUCGUUUUCAUGGCUUCCAAUGGCAGAUACGUCUCCAUCCGUCAAGGUGUUAAUGUCUCGGCCAAUCAGGAUGAAGAGACACAUCAUGAAACCUUCCAGAUGCAAAUUGACAAAGAAACCAAGAAGUGCAUUUUCCAUUCCAAUACAGGCAAUUACUGGACCUUGGUUGCGCAUGGAGGGAUUCAAGCCACGGCUACUGAAAUAUCCACCAGCACUAUGUUCGACCUUGAAUGGCGGGGUCGCCGUGUUGCCCUUAAAGCUAACAAUGGCAAAUACAUCUGUACCAAGAAGAAUGGGCAACUGGCAGCUGUCAGUGACAGAGUGGGGAAAGAUGAAGAAUUUGUUAUCAAGCUGAUCAACCGACCCAUCCUAGUUCUUCGUGGGGCCCAUGGAUUUGUUUGUUACCAUCGCAACUCCAACUUGUUGGAUGCCAACCGUUCCAUCUAUGAUGUCUUCCACCUCAAUUUCAGUGAUGGUGCUUACCAGAUCAAAGGCCUCAGUGACAAGUUCUGGUACGUGGCUAGCAAUGGCACCGUGUGCAGUGAUGGCGAGACAUCUGAGGACUUCUUCUUUGAGUUUCCCGAGUGCAGCCGAGUGGCCAUUAAAGGGAAGAAUGGCAAAUACCUACGAGGAGACCCAGCUGGAACCCUGCGGGCUGAUGCCGAUACCCCAAACUGUGCAACGUUUUGGGAGUACUGA